AUGGCCACAACACUGCCUUCAGUGCGAGAGACUUCAACAAAUCUUAAUUCUGAGGUUAAAGCAUGCAGUUCCAUUUCUUCUUAUUCCAUCGAAGCCACAGCUGCGUUUGCCACUGUAAUGAUACUCAUCAUGCUCUUCACCAUCUUUGGGAACACAAUGGUGAUCAUCGCUGUCCUAACGUGCCGCUCUUUGCGAGGUCCUCACAACUUGUUCCUGGUGUCUCUGGCUGUGGCGGACAUCCUGGUGGCCACAUUGAUCAUCCCGUUCUCAUUGGCCAGUGAGUUGAUGGGCUACUGGUAUCUUGAGUGGUUUUUAUGUGAGAUCUUCUUGGCACUGGAUGUGCUGUUCUGCACGUCUUCCAUUAUACACCUGUGCGCCAUCAGCCUGGACCGCUACCUGUCCAUCUCCCGGCCGGUGCAGUAUUCAACCCAGCGCACCCCUCGAAAGAUCAAGGGGGCCAUAUUGGUGGUGUGGCUCAUCUCUGCUGUCAUCUCCUUCCCGCCGCUGAUGUCCAUGAAUAAGACCAUGAAGAAGGGCUGCAAGUGCAAAGUCAAGGAGGACACCUGGUACAUUCUGUACUCCUGCACUGGGUCAUUUUUCGGCCCAUGUCUCAUCAUGAUCCUGGUGUAUGUGCGCAUCUAUCAGAUUGCCAAGAAGCACACUAGACGUCCUCCAGGAGAGCCGAGACAAGAUGGUGUGGGCAGUGUCCCGCAGGGAUGGGAGCUGCAGAACGGGAUAAACCAGGGAGGUGGUGACCUCGUGAAUGUCCUGAAUGUUCCUAGUUCGGCUACAUCCAGAUCCGAUGUAGAACCAUCAGUAGAAAGUCGGCAGCAGAUGAAACACUCAAGGAGGUGCAAGGAUAACAAUGAGGACAGUUCGAGCUCUGGCUCCGAUGUCGAGGUAGUUGGGGGACAUAAUGCCAGUGGGACUACCUCCAAUGUGGGGGUGCUGGCGCCCAGCCAUCACACAUCCUCACCAACACAAGCAUGCCGAAAUGUCAUCGGAACAUCAAAGAGCAGCCAGCUGGACUCUUCCAAAAUGAAACCAGCAGGAACGCCGAACACCAGAAGAAAAGCCAUGAUUGUCCGUGAGAAGCGUUUCACCUUCGUCCUGGCGGUCGUUAUUGGGGUUUUUGUGAUCUGCUGGUUCCCGUUCUUCUUCACUUACAGCCUGCAGGCCAUUUGUGCAGACGCUUGUAAGGUACCAGAGGCACUUUUUAAGUGCUUCUUCUGGAUUGGCUACUGCAACAGCGCCCUGAAUCCACUCAUCUACACCAUCUUUAAUAGAGACUUCCGUGAAGCCUUCAAAAAGAUUCUGUGUAAAAGAUGUAAGGACUGUUCUUUUUGA